AUGUCUUUCAAGGCCUACCUGGCUCUUUUCUUGGCCUUCCUGGUCAUCCAAGUUCGUGCUUGGAUGCCUGGAGAGCACCAGGAAAUAUACUCUGUUAAUGGCAAGGAUCUCUUCAAUAAAUCCCAGACAGAUGGCGACAGCAAGCGUUGGCUUCCAGGUACUCCAAAGAUUCGCGGUGUCAAUCUAGGCUCUCUUUUCGUAAUGGAGCCAUGGAUGGCUAGUGCUGAAUGGAACUCUAUGAGCUGUGGAGCAUGGCCCUCUGAGUUUGAUUGUGUUAUGCACCUCGGGCAAGGUCAAGCAAACCAAGUGUGUUCAUAUGUUCUACACUCCCACUAUUCUUUCUCGAGUCCAAUCUGGUUUCUUCUGAAACAUUUGGUUCGGAGAGGAGAGGACUCAUCUAUCACGCUCUUUAUAUUCAAACAAGAAGGAGAACUAAUUUAAUUGUGCAGGCUUUCCAAAAGCAUUGGAACUCAUGGAUUACUCAAGGUGAUAUUACUCAAAUGGUCAACUAUGGAUUGAACACCAUUCGGAUCCCUCUCGGUUACUGGCUUCUUGAAACCAUCGUUUAUGCGAAUAGUGAGCACUUCCCACAAGGUGCAUUUCCCUAUUUGGAGCGAAUCGUGGGAUGGGCAAGCGAUGCUGGUAUGUACAUCAUCCUUGAUGUACAUGGAGCUCCUGGUGCCCAGCAACCACAGCAGCCAUUCACAGGACAGGUGAGCAACUUCAAUCUUUUACAACCGUUUGAUAACUUUCUAAAACAAAAAUAGUAUGCGCCUUCUGCUGGUUUCUACCAGGGGCACCAAUACGAUCGAGCCAAGGAAUUUGUGGGAUGGCUUUCGGAGGUAGUUCAUACGAGAGGUGCUUUUAGAAAUGUGGGAAUGAUUGAAUUGGUGAACGAGCCCAUUCAAAAUACCGGAGCAACCCCUGGACUAUUGGAUAAUUACUAUCCCAAUGCUUAUGCGGAAAUCCGAGCCCGGGAAGCCAAAUUAGGCAUUUCAUCAAAUAACUUGCUUCACAUCCAAGCCAUGGUACUUAUAUCUUUUCAAUUCAUCUUGCUGACAAAUGAAAAUGCUGAUGUAUUUUUUUAUAGAACACAUUGUGGGGUUCUGGUAAGUUUUAUUUCACCCACGUAAAAUCUCUCCUUCUGCCAGCUCCAAGAGCUGAGAAAUACUUAACCUUAACAUUAUACCCAAUUGUUCUUACUCAAUAAACCCCCGACAGAAGUUGAAAGAACUAUACUGACACAUAUCACCUGGAUCACAGGUGACCCACAUUCCCACCUUACAAGUGAUUGGUUCAUGGCUUACGAUGACCACCGGUAAUUCUCUCAAGACGGGUUUUAUACUGUUCACUAAAUACUCCAGGUAUACCAAAUGGGAUAGUAGUGUCCCCGUGGACAAAGGCGCCUAUAUUCGCGAUGCGUGCCACAACAACCGCCUCAGGUCCGUCCCCAUUCUAUCUUAAUACUUCCAUUUAAUAUGGGUAGUUCGAGUGCUAUUCAUACAUUAUAUAUACUAAUUCUUACCACACUUUGUGUGCAUCAGCAAUACUGAUUAUCAAAAAAGUAACUGGCCAACCAUCGUAGGCGAAUUUAGCCUAUCGGUGCCCGAUUUUGUGCAGUGGAAUGGAGAUUGGCACCCAGACGGAAAUAAAGCAUUUUACACGCAGUGGUUCAGUGCUCAAAUAAUUGCCUAUGAACGCGAUACCAAUGGCUGGAUUUUUUGGAGCUGGAAGACUCAGUUGGGCGAUUAUCGGUGGGGUUAUCAGGGUAAGUACUCCGCUGACAUUUACUUCGUUCCCGUGUACUUUGGCACUAAUUUUAUGGCAGAUGCUGUUGCGCAAGGCGUCAUCCCAAAUAACCCACAAAACAUCAACUGGGGUACUUGCAAUGGAGUUUAGAAUAUUCUUCAUUUCUUGGCGAAAUAGCCUUCUUAUUUUUGGGUAGAGUUUGCAGGUUGAAAUUUUAGGCGCACUAAUUUAGAGGUAGAGUGAUACCCCAGGCGUUUGAGUCGGUCGUUUUGGGUUUGGGAGGCUAUUCCGAAUUGUUUUCUGGAGUGGUUCGCUACUUCAGCGGCGCACCAAUUUUGGGUUGCUUGAGAUCUACACUUUCUUUAUUCGGCUAUUUGCCGAGGUGGCCAAACAUUUUGGUGGAAGUUCUUUGCUGGGAUUUGAGAUUUGGAGAAUUAGACAUCAAUCACUUCAUUGGAAGGCAGCUGGGUAUUCGAGCUUUGAAAUACAAAGGUUUUACGACUCCAAGCUUGACAGCACUGCCAAUGACCACCAAGCGGGUCCCAAAUCGUUAAUAUUGUUCCAUUCAAGGGACUGCCCAGCA